UCACCAUUCUCCGUCUCUCUCUCUCUCUUCCUUAUCAUCAAACUUGCUCAGCUCCGAUCACCGUCUUUGAAGAUGUCCGAGGGAUCAGAAGAAUCGAAAUCAAAGGUAGAGUCUGCCGGAGAGUUAUUGGAUGUCGACAACGAGAACUGCAGUAGCAGUGGAAGCGGCGGCGAGACGAAGAGGACUUGCGUUGAUUGCGGAACACUCCGAACUCCUCUCUGGCGCGGUGGCCCUGCUGGUCCUAAGUCGUUGUGCAAUGCUUGUGGGAUCAAGAGCAGGAAGAAGAGGCAAGCGGCUCUUGGAAUCAAACCAGACGAGAAGAAGAGAAACAGAAAAAGCAACAGCAGCAGUGAUAGUGAUCUAAGCUUUGAUGAUCAUAGAGACUGUAAGAAGAAGAAGAAGAUCAACAAAGGUGAUGAUGAUGAUUCCAGAAAUUGCAGCAGCGAAGGAGUGAGUAAGUAUUUGGAUUUGGGGUUCAAAGUUCCGGUGAUGAAGCGAUCGGCGGUUGAGAAGAAGAGGCUAUGGAAGAAACUCGGCGAGGAAGAAAGAGCCGCCGUGCUUCUCAUGGCGCUCUCUUGUGGCUCUGUUUUUUCAUAAACGAAGAUGAAAAAGCUUUUUUUGUUAUUUUUGAGGAGGGAAUAAUAAUUAAUGAAGAGUCUGAUUAAUUAAUUUAACUAGGUAGCGAGAGAUUAGUAUGUGUAAUAGUUAGUGAUGUCGUCUUUUUUGGUUCCCACUAAUGUUAUGUAUUCAUUCGUCAAUGAAUUUCAAUUUUGAGAGCA